AUGGUAGACUCAAAAUUGAGCCAAUGGUUGAAUAUAUUAGCUUGUUUUUUGCUAUUGUUUUCCAAGAUAGAAGGCCUUUUUGUGGGAGUUACUUAUGUUAAGGACGCGGUGGCUUAAGGAGCUGUUUGUUUGGAUGGAAGCCCUCCAGCUUACCAUUUAGAUAAGGGGUUUGGUACAGGCAUAAAUAAUUGGUUGGUUCACUUUGAGGGAGGAGGAUGGUGCAACAAUCUGACAACCUGCCUUUCCCGCAAAAAUACUCGUUUAGGUUCAUCUGAGCAAAUGGCAACACAACUUGCUUUCUCUGGGAUUAUGAACAACAAGAUACAAUUUAAUCCAGAUUUCUACAACUGGAAUAGAGUUAAGAUCAGAUACUGUGAUGGCUCAUCCUUUACUGGUGACGUGCAAGAAGUUAAUCCUGCUACUAACCUUCACUUCAGAGGAGCAAGGAUUUGGCUUGCUGUCAUUGACGAUCUAUUAGCUAAAGGAAUGAAAAAUGCUACGAAUGCUCUACUUUCCGGUUGCUCAGCUGGUGGAUUGGCUUCCAUUUUGCAUUGUGAUAGCUUCCAAGGUCUCUUACCUACGGGUACUAAAGUAAAAUGCCUUUCAGACGCUGGUUAUUUUAUCAAUGUGAAGGACAUUUCUGGAGCACCACAUAUACAAAACUACUUCAAUGAAGUGGUUUCAUUGCAUGGAUCAGCAAAAAAUUUGCCUCUCUUCUGUACAUCAAGAAUGAAUCCAGAAUUGUGUUUUUUCCCACAAAAUGUGGUGCAGCAAAUACGAACACCCCUUUUUAUUCUAAAUUCACCAUACGAUUCAUGGCAGAUAAAGAACAUUCUGGCAUCUGGGGUUGCUGAUCCUCAUGGCACUUGGAAAAGCUGCAAGCUUGACAUAAGCAACUGUACCCUUCUUCAACUCAAAACCAUAAAAGAUUUUAGGUUGCAGUUCUUGAAUGCAUUGUAUACAUCAGUCGGCUCUUCUUCCCGAGGAUUGUUUAUAGACUCUUGCUACGUUCAUUGCCAAACUGAAUUGCAGGAGACAUGGUUCAUGGCUGACUCUCCAGUUCUCGACAAAACAAAAAUUGCAAAGGCAGUUGGAGAUUGGUUUUAUGACAGGACUCCAUUCCAGAAGAUAGAUUGUGCCUACCCUUGCAAUCCGACCUGCCCCAAAAAUGGUUCAAACCCUCAAGAUCUCCCAGAAGUAUAGAUUUAAUGCUUCAAUUUCAUUUUUAUUACCAAAAAUUAUAGUAGUAAUUAGCUUAAUAAAAACAAAAAAAAAAAAACUAAAUAAGCAAAUGCCACCACUGCGCGAAACUUGUGUACUGGGUGUUCGCAUCACUGUUUAUGUUUCAAUUAUUACCCAUAAAUAAAAUCUAUUUUUAGCAGAA